UUGUAAUUUGAGGUUAUGUCUUGUUAGUGUUAUGAUUUUAGUAAAUUACAUUUAAUACUAGUUUUAAUUGACAACACAAUCUAUUUACGAUGCCUCUACCUCCUGCCAGUGGUACUGGUAAAUAUUACGCAUUAGCGGCAAAAUCAAUUCGGUUAAUACGUCAGGGAUGUACAAAUAGGCCGUUUUUUCAUAUAUCAGUUACUCAGCGAAAGAGAUUAAAUAGCCAACCAGUAAUUGAACAGUUGGGUUCAUAUGAUCCUAUGCCAAAUAUAAAUAAUGAAAAGUUGGUUGCUUUGAAUUUAGAAAGGCUAAAAUUCUGGCUGGGACAGGGAGCACAUGUAACAAGUCCAGUAGCAGAGUUGUUGGGUCUAACUGGCUUUUUUCCAAUUCAUCCAAAAUCUUAUAUGACAGCAUGGAGAAACAGACAAGCGGAACAAGAUAGACUAAAAAGUGAAAAAGAAGCAGUUAAGAGUACUGCAUAAUUUAAGAUAUUAGCAUAC